CUCAUACGAAGAAGAAGAAGAAAUAGCAGCAGCUGAAGCAGCUCACCUGUUUUAAGAUAAGCUCCGAUUGAAUAUCUCCGGCGAUAUCCUAGAUUUUCCGGUGAGUUUUUCCGAUCCCUUACGCCGUUCUGAUUUGUAUAGUUGACCAUUAUGAAUCUUUCACAUAUGAUACGGAUACAGAAAUGUUAGGUCCUUUUGCUAUUACCCAUUUCCGAUCCAAAAUAUGGAUUCGCCAGCGAAAAAAAUCGUUACCUUCGUCAUCUAGCUUCAAUUUAGUAGAAUAGACGUUGAUUGUUACUGUACAUUUCCGGGAGGGAAAAAAAAGGAUUGAGAAAAUUGAGACCGAGACAGGAAAACUGGGGAAAAUGAGUUUAAGUGUAGCGGAGGAGGAAUCGGCUAAGGAAAUCCAGUUGCCGGCGGAUGUAGACUGGCAAAUGCUGGACAAAUCUAAGUUUUUCUUCCUCGGCGCCGCCUUAUUUUCAGGUGUUUCAGCUGUGCUUUAUCCUGUUGUGGUGUUGAAGACUCGUCAACAGGUAGCGCAAGUUCAUCUUUCCUGUUUCAAAACUGCCUUUUCCGUUGUUAGGCUUGAAGGGAUUCGCGGAUUGUAUCGUGGGUUUGGGACUUCGUUGAUGGGUACAAUUCCUGCUAGGGCACUUUAUAUGACUGCUCUUGAGGUUACCAAGAGUAGUGUUGGUACGGCCACGGUUAGGCUCGGCAUUCCUGAGCCUACUGCGACCGCGUUAGCCAGUGCUGCUGCUGGGCUGAGCGCAGCCGUUGCCGCACAACUGGUUUGGACUCCGGUGGAUGUGGUGAGCCAGCGGCUCAUGGUGCAGCGUGUUUGCGCUGCUCCAGCAUCGUGUAAAUAUCUCAAUGGGAUCGAUGCUUUUCGAAGAAUCCUCAAGACAGAUGGACCUAAGGGACUGUACAGAGGUUUUGGGUUUUCAAUUUUGACAUAUGCUCCAUCCAAUGCACUGUGGUGGACAUCCUACGCCAUCACUCAGCGGCUUGUCUGGAGUGGGUAUGGAUGUUACUUCAGCAAGAAUGGUGAUGACAGAAUUGAGGAUAACAUCAAGAGUACUCUGAAGCCUGAUUCGAAGACUGUUAUGAUGGUUCAGGGAGUGAGUGCAGCCAUGGCUGGAGGCGUUUCAGCUCUGAUUACAACACCAUUAGACACAAUCAAGACAAGAUUGCAGGUCCUGGAUGGCGAUGAGAAUGGACGGAGAGCGCCAACAGUAGCUCAGACUGUAAGGAAUUUAGUAAGGGAAGGUGGGUGGAUGGCUUGUUACAGAGGAUUAGGCCCUCGAUGGGCUUCAAUGUCCAUGUCUGCAACCACAAUGAUCACUACUUACGAAUUCCUCAAACGCCUCUCCACGAAGAAUCAAGAAAAUUGGGCAUAGUGAUCCCCAUAGACAGUUAUCGCUCUUCUUAGGUUUACUUUUCUCUCUUUGAUCCAUGUAUAAGUUUUCUUUUUGAAUGAUCCUUUUUUUAGGAAUCAGUAUGCUGAGUUUAGACAUAAACAAUGCCUAGAUCAAGAACAAAAAGAAUGAUGAAUGUAAGUUGUUCAUGUACAAAGUAUGAAUCUGUAUAUAUAGUCCAAUUCACUAAA